AUGCUGGCUAAAAAAUCUGUUUUAAAAGUAGCUGCCUUGGCAAAAAAUCCACAACCACCAUUAAUAUCACGUACCUUUAUUACCCAAGCUGUUAUUACUGGGUUAGCAUCCCAUUUUAUCUUUGGAAAAGAUGCUCAAUUAGCUGACAAUAUUGAAAAUGGCAAAUAUUCCAAUCCCUCGACAAAGAGCAAUGACACCACUUCAAUUGACUUAUUUAAAAGACCAAUGGAGCCACAAUAUGAUGGUCAUGUUCCAUUAUACUUGCAUGAAAAAUUCUUGAUGUACUUAGUUUCAUCAGCUAAGUCAUAUUAUCAUCCUGAAGAUGGCAUUAACAUUGUUCAAUUGGGUGAGUCAACUGCUAUUCCCUGUUGUUUGGAAAAUUUAAAGCAGAUUAUGUUAAAAGACGAUGUUGGAAGAAGAAUAUUACGUGAAAGACCAAAUAUUUCCAGUGAAACUUUGGAAGCUUUUAGAGGAUCCAAUUUACCCCCCAAUAGUGUAGGUAUGACAUAUUUUAAAUGGUUGGAUAAAGAAGGUGUUGGCCCUGAUACAAGAGCGCCUGUUCAAUACAUUGACGACCCAGAUCACGCCUAUAUUUUCAAAAGAUAUAGACAAUGUCAUGAUUUUUACCAUGCUAUAAAUGAUUUACCCAUCAAUAUUGAGGGCGAAAUUACUGUCAAGUGUCUAGAGGCUUGUAAUAUUGGUAUUCCAAUGGCCAUAAUGGGCUCAAUUUUUGCUCCAUUCAGAUUGAAAAAAGCUCAAAAAGAAAGAUUGUAUGAUAUUUAUCUACCUUGGGCUGUCAAACAAGGUUUAAACAGUAAACCUUUGAUUAAUGUUUACUGGGAAGAGAUUAUGCAUAAGGAUGUAAAUGAAGUUCGAGAGAGUUUAGGUAUUUCUAAACCGCCAGAUUUAAGGGCAUUGAGAAAGGAACAAAGGCGUUUGAGGAAAGAAUUAAAAAUUAGGUAUGAACGAUAA